ACUUCGCUGGUAUUUUUUGUUGGGAAAGGUGGCAACCCUACACUUGGGGUAUGGGCAUUCUCCAUUUGGCUCCAAGGAAUGGUUUUGUACCUACUACGGAGCUUCAGAGACAGUGCAUUGUGUAUCGUCACCGCACAUCCCUGUAUAUACACGUUCACACACCACUACACUUGCACACUUGUACUAGAGCAACAAAAACUCAUAUGCCAUUCAUGUGGAACGACCACUACACAACGCGGCGCGCGCAUGCGCACUCUCCCCAGCACUACAGGUUUGCUUAGCGCGUACCCGGUUUACGCAUGAGCAGACCGCACAGUCGCUGCAUGUUUGUUGCGCACGCGCAAAGGGCACGUUCAUGGAAGUGGAAAACGUCGCGCAUGCGCGAUCUCUGUCCAUUGACUCGCAUGGAGGGGAAGUUGACUGUUUUGGACUCCCGCGGACAUUGGGGGUCUCAUACUGAAUGGCUUCUUGUUUUAACUAGAGCGUAUCCCCGGAUUGUGAUAUAAGAUAUUGGACACUUACAUAAUGACUGUUCAGGGUCCUAUUACAUUCCAAGAUGUGGCCGCUUCCUUCACAGAGCAACAGUGGAUGCAUUUGGAGGACUGGCAGAAAGAGAUAUACAAGACUGUAGUGAAGGAGAUACAUGAGGCUGUAAUAUCCCUUGGUUACACCAUCAUUAAUCCUAACGUUGUGUUCAGUGUAAAGAAACUUGAUGAAUCCAUUGUUCGUGUUGACGAUCAGUCUGUAGGAAAGAAGGCAAGUGUUGGAGAUCUUCCUGAUAUUUUACUGAAGAUAAAAUAUGAACCACAAGGAGACGCCCCACCUGUUAUGGAGAAGCGGCGGGAUGCUGCUCAGCUUUCAACAUCCGGUUCUUCUGUGACUUCAACUUCUUUGGUAAAUGUAGGAGAGGAGCAUGUGACGCAUAUACAGACACACGCCAGUUAUGAACCAAAAAAGUCCAAUGCAUUUCCUAUAAAAACAGAAGAAGAAGCAUAUUUAAUAAAUGAGUAUAAUUCUGGAGGAGGGGAUGAAGAGCCUUGUCCAGCCGAAGGUGACGGCAUUAUUAAGCAUGAAUAUGAGGAGGACGCCGACAUGGAGAAGGAUUUUCAAGGUGUCAAACAAGAGUUGGACCAAGUGAAUGAUGACAUUCAGCAGGUGAAGUUGACUGGAGAAUUGAUAGCAGACGAUGAUGAUGAUGAUGGAGAUAAACCAAGUGGAGAACAUUCUCCAUCCAUGGAAUUGGGACCAAAGAAGAGAAAAACUGGUUGUCAAGUUCGUGGUGAUAUUCUGAGUGUGCAAGAAAGGGAAACCAGGCGUCUCCGUGUCCUGGAAGGCAUGGGGAAACCAUAUCAAGCACAGGCGAGUUUGGUGUUUGAUCCUAUUACAUUUAAAUCCGGUAAAGAUCGGGAAGAAAUCCCACAAGCGCCAUAUGUCAGAAGAGAUAUCAGUAACACCAGGUGGUGCAAAUGUGGCCACUGUUGUGUCAUGUCUUCCGUGGAAGAGUCUGUCUGCUGCCACGAGAUUUUUGGACUUCUCUCCCAGCUCAAUGAUGAGCGCCUGUGUAUUACGAAGCAUCCUGCCUUCCAGGAGCUGUGUCUGGACCGGGAUCGUCUUGAUUUCCUUUAUCGUUUCUUGGCCAAAAUUAAGAGAAAGAAUGACGUUCUGUAUUAUCUCCACAAACUUCGACGGACAUCCUACAGAGCCUUUGUAAUAUGGGCCCAUGGCUUCCUGGACUUUCGGAAGUACAAGCCUGUCCCUGCGUGUGUGGUCAAGCAUGUACGAGAACUCCUACCCUACCCUGAAGAGUUAAAUGUUGGCUAUAAGAAGAUGUCUGACUAUCCUGCUGCAAUCAUGGCAUUGGAUCAUAUCUGAUGUAGUUGUGUGUGUUUCUUGGAUACCUGGUUUGCACAUUUUUAUGCUCAUUAAAUAUUUUUAGAUCCUUC